AAAACAGCUCAUGGCCAGCACUUGAUAAAACUUCACAUGCAAUCUCGUUUGCCUUCCACACAGGACGCCAUGUACGCGAUCAGUCAAUUGCUAGUGGUACAGAGACACAGCCUCAAAUCCAGUCUCUCAUAGAAGUCUACUUGCCAUGUCUAUUUAAUCGCUGCGGCGAGUCUCGCUGCUGAAUUCUAGGCGGUAAGGUGGCUAACUCCUCAUACCCAGACCAUUCACGGUUCGCAUCAGGGAAUACCAAGCUUGAGAGGUGAAGUUGUUUCUGUAUUAUGACAAAUGAAAAGUUUCUCUUCUUCCUUUUGGCCCCUUCUUCAUCUUGCUAUCUGUGGUGCGUACUGUCGCCCUUUUUCCAGCCAGAUCGGGGAGUUUCGUGUUUGUGUGUGGGUGUGGUUUUAUAUACGUGUUUAUGUCUCUUUCAUGUGUUUGAAAAUGUGUGUAAAUCUGAUGGCGACCCUGUGCUGGCCCCCUCUCCAUCUUUCUCCAGAUGUUGAGAAAAUACUGCUAUAUCUGCGGGGAAAAAAGAAGUCUAUAUGGUAUGGUAGGGGUAUUUGUGCCAGAAUGAGAUAUGUCAAGAAACAAGUUGAAGCAAAGGCCAAACAAACAGUUGCGCUUGGUGUUGACCGUGGAUCAAACUCCCAUGGGGGUAUUGAGGAUGCUGAACGUAUAUCAAGUGCUGCAGAGUUCGUCGCUGGAAGAAUCGAAUUUUCCCCGUGUCGGAGCUUGCCGAGGACGUGGGCUGGCUCCGCCAGGUUGCCGAGUAGUGCUAAUAAGUACCGAUAGAUGAUUCAAGGGCCCAAGGCGACUGGCGAACAAGAAAGAAAAAAGUAGAAGUGAAGACGCCAUAUAAAACUCCUGGAGGGCUCCCUAAAAGAAA